CCCCGUAUAAUUGUUAUAGAUAUUAGCAUUCGGGCCAAAGUGCCCCCCUGUUCAAGAUUUAGUAUAAAUACCCGCGGUGGACCUCUCCAAAGCAUCACUUCUUUCUUGCAGUUUGGUCGGUUAAACAACUAUCUAACAAACAAAUCCGCCAUGAAAGUUUUGGCCGUUACUAUCUUAGCUACCGUAGCUACCCUCAGCGCCGCCUACCCAGGUGGACAUGGUGCUAUCGCAUACAUCGGCGGUGGACAUGGAGGAUACGGCGGUCUAGGCGGAUGUGAUGAACAUGGUGGAGGUGCCGGAGGUGCCGGAUGCGGCGGACUCGGCGGCGGUCUUGGAGGUGGUCUCGGCGGUGGUCUUGGUGGUGGACUCGGAGGUGGUGCUGCUUUCGCUAUCGGCGGUAACGGAGGUGGAUACUACGGAAGCGAAGCUGCUGGUCCAACUUAUGUACAAGGUCCUGCUGCUGGAAGCAAAACUCUCUUAGGACCCGCUGAAGGACCAAAUAACAUCCAAGGAGCUUCCAACGGACCCACCAACCUCGCCGGACCACAACAAGGACCAGCUUCGAUCGUAGGACCUAGCCAAGGAACUGCCUCUGUAAUUGGACCCACUAACGGAGGAGCCCAUAUCGUAGGAGCCGCUCAAGCCCCCAUCACUUAUUCUGAAGGCGUUGCCGUAUCCACCGGAGGUUUGGGAGGUGGUUUGGGAGGUGGUCUUGGAGGUGGUCUUGGAGGUGGACACGGAAUCGCUCUUGGAGGUGGACACGGAGGACUCGGUGGAGGUUAUGGAGGUCACGGUGGAUACGUUUUAGGUAAAAAAUACUAGGUUCAUCAGCAGGUCACAUCAGCUAUGACGGCGGAGUCCUUAAAGGUCCUCAAACCGUUCAAGUCGUCAUCAAAGGUUCGUCUGGCAAGAUCGUAGCUGAUGGCCUUUACGGACUUCCCGAUGGACAUUACUAGAUAAACCGACCAUAGGCAAAUCAAUUCUUUCAGUAUUACGACUUUACUCUUUGUUUUUUUUGUUAUUGUAGUCCCCCUUUUUUAUAUUUACCUAAGAUCGUCACAACACACAAACUCGUUUCCAUCAUUAAUUUCAUUUCAUUUUUCUCGUGUGCCCGGAAAAUCGCGGUUUGUAGGCCCUCAUUGUUUUAAAAUUUGGGCAGUUCAAACGGUUUUUGACUUUUCCGGGUGCGUACCUGUGAUUUCUCAUUAUUUACGAGCUUGGUGUUACUCAUCAUGUUAUUUAAUAUGUAUAGUUUUUAUGUGUUUUUUUAUUAUUUUUUACUUGUACAAAUGUGUAUGCGUUAAUAAAUGACUCUUUUUAAAAAAAGAA